AUGGCCGACUACUCCCAGUACCAUGCUCUCGGCCAGGGCAUGGGAACCGACCCGAACAACGCCAAUCGAAAUGAUGGCAAUGCUCCUCCCCACAGCCAGCCUCAGUACUACCAGCAGCAGCAGCAGCCCCAGCAGCCGGGCCAAGCUGCCUACGGCGGUCCGCCCCAGCCCCCGGCGCAGCUGCCUCCGCCCGGCAACCCCUACGGCGGCGAGCUUCACCCGGGUCAGCCGUUCCAGGGCACCUCGCCGCAGCUGGUCCACCAGGGCCAGCUGGUCACCCAGAUGGGGGGCAUGAGCGUGGCCGCCCCCGCCGGCGCCGGCACCAUCCGCAAGAAGAAGAAGGAUCGCCACGCCUACCAUACUGUGGAACCCAGCGGCUCGUCUCAGGCCUUCAACGGCAUGCCGCCGCCCGGUUCAGCCUCGGCACAGUUCAUUCCCUCCGCCGCCGGACCCGUCGGCCCCGGCUUCGGCCCGCAACCCCAGCUCGGAGACCAAGGCUCUCCUCAGCUGAUGAACCCGAGCCAGUUUCCGGCACCCGUCGGAGCCGCGCUCAGCCCCCCAGGCCCUGUUGGCUUCGGCCCCGGCUUCGGUUCCCCCGAUACCGCGACGACCAUCGCCCCGACCGGCCAGUCGAAGAUUUCCGCCGACGACAUGCCCAGUAUCCCCGUCGCUCGUGAUUCCGUCCAGCAGCACUUCCUCAAGAACGUCUACCCAACCUUUGAGCGCCACGUGCCCCCCCCGGCGACGGUCUCCUUUGUCGCCUACGACCAGGGGAACGCCUCGCCCAAGUACGCCCGCCUGACACUGAACAACAUCCCCGCCACCUCGGACGGGUUGCAAGCCACGGGCCUCCCCCUUGGCCUGCUGCUGCAGCCCCUCGCGCCCCUUCAAACCGGCGAAGCAGACAUACCCGUCCUCGACUUUGGAGAGUCCGGCCCGCCCCGCUGCCGUCGAUGCCGCGCAUACAUCAAUCCUUUCAUGAUGUUCCGCUCCGGCGGCAACAAGUUCGUCUGCAACCUCUGCACCCAUCCCAACGACACCCCGUCGGAGUACUUUUGCGCCACCAACCCCCAGGGUGUGCGCGUCGACCGUGAUCAGCGACCGGAGCUCCACCGCGGCACCGUCGAGUUUGUCGUGCCGAAGGAGUACUGGACGCGGGAGCCCGUCGGCUUGCGCUGGCUCUUCGUCAUCGACGCGACCCAAGAGUCCUUCAACAAGGGUUUCAUGGAGACCUUCUGCGACGGAAUUCUGGCCGCGCUCUACGGAGGCGAAGACCGCGACAAGGACGACGGCGAACGGAAGCGGAGGAUGCCCGAGGGAGCCAAGGUCGGCUUCAUGACGUACGACAAGGACAUCCACUUUUACAACUUGAAUCCUCGUUUGGAUCAAGCCCAGAUGAUGAUCAUGCCCGACCUCGAAGACCCCUUCCUCCCGCUCGGCGAGGGCCUGUUCGUCGAUCCUUACGAGUCCAAGGCGCUCAUCACCUCGCUGCUGACCCGUCUCCCCGAAAUGUUCUCCACCAUCAAGAACCCGGAGCCGGCGCUGCUGGCCACGCUGAACUCGGCCUUGGCAGCCCUGGAGAAGACGGGCGGCAAGAUCGUAUGUUCAUGCUCGGCGCUGCCCACCUGGGGGCCUGGUCGUCUGUUCAUGCGCGACGACGGCAACCACCCGGGUGGCGAGAUGGACAAGAAGCUCUACACGACGGAACACCCUGGCUGGAAGAAGGUUGCCGAGAAGAUGGCCUCGUCGGGCAUCGGCGCCGACUUCUUCCUCGCCGCUCCCUCCGGUGGCUAUCUGGACAUUGCGACGAUUGGUCACGUUGCCGCCACGACUGGCGGCGAAACCUAUUACUACCCCAACUUCAUCGCCCCACGGGAUGGGCCGAAGUUGUCGGCCGAAAUUUCCCACACCGUCACGCGCGAGACGGGCUUCCAGGGCCUCAUGAAAGUGCGGUCGUCCAACGGGCUUCAAGUGUCGUCCUACCACGGGAACUUUGUGCAGCAUACCUUUGGCGCCGACCUCGAGUUGGGCGUUGUCGAUGCGGACAAGGCUCUCGGGGUCAGUUUCAGCUACGACGGGAAGCUUGACGCCAAGCUGGAUGCUCACUUCCAAUCCGCCUUGCUCUACACGACGGCGUCCGGCCAGCGACGCGUUCGCUGCUCGAACGUCAUCGCCAGCGUCAGCGACACGUCCAAGGAGUCCAGCACCAGGGAGCAGAGCAUCCGCGGAUGCAUGAAAUUCGUCGAUCAAGAUGCCGUCGUGGCCAUGCUUGCCAAGGAGGCGAGCACGAAGCUCGCCACGACGUCGAGCAACCUCAAGGAUGUGCGGAACUGGCUCAGCGAGAGGUCCAUCGACAUCAUGUCCUGCUACAGGAAGCACUCGGCCCAGCAGCACCCGCCCGGUCAGCUGGUCAUGCCGGAGAGGCUGAAGGAGUUUUGCAUGUACGUCCUGGGUCUCAUCAAGUGCCGCGCCUUCAAGGGCGGCAUCGAAAACUCGGACAGGAGGGUCCACGAGUUGCGAAUGGUUCGAUCGAUGGGCGCCACGGAGCUGAGCCUGUAUCUCUAUCCGCGCAUCAUCCCCAUCCACAACCUCCAGCCCGAGGAAGGGUUCGCCGACGCCGAAACCGGCCACCUCACCUUGCCCCCAGCCGUGCGGGCUUCCUUCGGCCGCGUCGAACCCGGAGGCGUGUACCUGGUGGACAACGGGCAGCAAUGCCUGCUGUGGUUCCACGAGCAGACCUCGCCCAACCUGGUGGCCGAUCUCUUCGGCGAAGGGAAGGAUUCGCUGCGGAGUCUUGAUGCCUACACGUCCUCCUUGCCGGUGCUGGAAACGGUCCUGAACUGUCAAGUGCGCAACAUUCUCGAAUUCCUCAAGGCGAUGCGAGGAUCGAAGGGCCUGACGCUUCAGCUGGCUCGACGAGGCAUCGAUGGUGCCGAGUACGAGUUUGCGAGGAUGCUGGUGGAGGACCGCAACAACGAGGCGCAGAGCUACGUGGACUGGUUGGUCCACGUGCACAAGGGCGUGCAACUGGAGGCCUACGACCUGCCUACUGGUGAUGGCGUGCGGGUCCACGAAGCGGCAGACGACGUUUCUUAUGCCGGAAAUUCCGUUGCUCGGCUCGUUGCUCAGGAGCAUGCGUCCGUCUCACAAGUAGCAGGAAAAAAAGGGGCGGGAGGGCGUCUUGGAGCGAUGAUGUACGGUGAAAGCGUCCCGCAAAGGAGACUUUGGGUAGCAGCGGUAGCAACGACGAUCAAGCAGCCGGUCUGGCGAGGUGCUUCAGGUGCCGGUGAUGGAAUGGGUUGGCUUGCCGUGUCACGUCUCGAGACUCUGUUUGCAAGUUUGUCGCGGCACCCGUCAGUCAGCCCUGCGUUGUGCGCACGCCGCAAGGAAUAUCACAUCUAUCCUCCACAGGGACCGGACGGACCAAAAGAUCAAGCAGAAUAUUAA